AUGGGUGCAGGUAACAUUUCAAAGCACUCCCGUGGAGGGGGGACGUUGUCGACGACUGGUGGCGUGCCAGGGGCGGCCGCCACGAAGGCGACAGCGAAUCCACGCGACCAAGUAGACGCACCUAAAUCUGCAGCGCCCAGCGGUGCCGCCGCAGCAGCCGGGACCAAACCCGACGCUGUCGUCUCGUACAAAAAGGGGGACAUGCUCCGUGUCAUUGUGCGCUUGCUUAAGCCAGGUGAGACGCUGCCGCAGGAGGUGGGGCGGGUGAUGGAAGGGGCACCGAUCUCUGGGCACGACAUUCCCCCUCCGCCACAGCAGCAGCAGACGAGCAAAGAGGAGACGACUUUCGGGUGGUUUGUCGAGGACCUGGAGCGGCCAGGCACGUGGGAGCCAUACACAAAGGAGUCAGCGGACCGUCUGGAGGACGCCUUCCUGAGCAUGCGCAACACGUGCACGGUCGUCAUGAAGAAACGAAGCUACAUCGUAGACCUGCAGACCAUGCAGCAGCGGCCUGCGGCGUCGGCUGGAACCGCCAACACAUACUCCGCGCAGCAGCAGCGCACCCGCGAGGUGAAACGGGCGCCGGUGGUCACCUACACUGAUCCCAACACAGGUGAGGUGAAGACGCGAGAGGCGCCGCCGAAAAUGCUGGACCCCUUCGCGGAGGACGAGGAGGAUGGCAACGACCAACAGCCACAGAAUAUUAGCGAAGGUGACGGUGACGUCGUCGGUGGUGGUGAUGGUACGGGUGAGGCUACCGUAGCCGCAGUAGCCAGGGACGGUCGUCUGCCGCAUCUCAUCCGGACUGUUAUACCACACACCGCGUCGAUCUACACGAUGGAGUGCACGCCGGACGUGCAGCAGCUUUGCCCGGAGGCACGUGCUGUCGUCGAGCCUACUGGGGGCCCAUUGAUACUGUCUGGUGGUCGUGACGUGCAGCUGCUAGAGUGGAGCAUUCAAACCAGCACCGUUGUCACGCGCUAUGAGCUGCCUCGAGUAUCGCCCAAGAACUCUGUGUUGACGGCCAAUUACUCUUCGACGGCCAAGUGGAUAAUCGCUGGGCUGGACGACUGCACCGCGCGCCUGUACGCCAUCGGGAAGCCGAACGAGGUCUAUCGCCUGGAGGGGCAUAACCACAAGGUGUACGGCGCUGGCGCGCUGGCGGGUGACUCGCAGGUCGCAACGGCGAGUAUGGACUCUCGGGUGAAGCUGUGGGACAUCGCGACGGGGGACUGCGUGCGCACAGUGGUGCCUCACAAUUCCUACAUCUUUGCUCUUCGGUCUCACCUGACCGACCCGAAUAUUGCCCUGACCGCCGGUGAAGACCGCAGAGUCUGCAUGCAUGACUUCCGCCAAGAAAACUCCGUCGUGGCAGCGUUCACGGGGCACGAACGCACCAUAUGGGACCUGGACUGGAACCCGGUCAACACCACCUUCGCGGCGUGUGGCAUGGACUGCACAACGCGCAUCUUCGACCCGCGUGUCAGCAAUGUGGCUCUUGUGACAUUGCGCAGCCACAGCCGCCCGGUGCACAGCAUAAAGUACACGCCGCAGGGGCGAGGGCUGCUGUCGUGCAGCAAGGACUCAUUUGUGAACAUGACCGACACCGCCAACUGGACGGUGCAGUGGCAGACCAAGGCGCACCCCUCGACUGUGUUUCGUCUCCGCUGUUGCGCUGGCAAGUCUGUCAUAGUGACGGGUGGGUCGGAUGCCUGCGUGAAUGUGUGGAGCUGGGGGGCAUUGGCACAGCUCUGA